ACAAUUUUUUUUUUCUAAAUAAUUGUUAACGAGAAGAGAGAAAGACAAAAUUUAAAUAAGCACAAAUUAAGUAUUUAGAAUGGUUAAUAAAGUAGAACUGAGCAAGAAGAGUGCUAAAACUACAACAACAACAACGGAAAAUACUGAAUGGAAUAGCUUAAGCGGUGAAGCUGAUUUCGCAACUGAUUCGUCUUCAUCUAAUAAAGUGACAAUAGUUAAAACAAAUACUACGACAGAUAAUGCAAAUACUUCACAAAAUGUUCCUCUUUCAGCAACUCCAUCUCAACAUAAAUUAAUACCAAUAACAAGUGUUUUAAAUACUGAACCAGAAAAUUCAAGUAAUCAAAAUCAGCAAUUAACCUUAAAGAGCUCAACUAUAGCCCAACUGGCGCCGAAUGUUUCAUCUUUCCAAAAAUUUCUAAAUAAUAAUUCAAGCAGUAGUAGUCAUACACAAUUGCCUAGUGAAUUGCCACAUGAAGAUGAAGAACGAUUGGAGAAGCUCUUCAAGAGUCUCGAUCGCGACGGCGAUGGCAGAAUCGAUAUACAUGAUUUGUCUGAAGCAUUGCGAGAGUUUGGACUUUCGAGUGUGUACGCUGAGAAAUUUCUGGAACAUUCGGACAAAACUCAAAGUGGAGACGUGGGUCUUGCGGAAUUUGUACAUUACGUUAGAGAACAUGAAAAGAACUUACGGCUACAAUUCUCCCACUUGGACAAGAAUAAAGAUGGCAAAGUUGAUUUGGAGGAGCUGAUAUCAGCUUUUAAGGACUUAGGUAUUGAAGUUGACCAAAGUGAAGCGAAAAAACUUCUAUCAAGAAUGGAUCAGGACGGUAGUUUAAAUAUUAGUUUUAACGAAUGGCGAGAUUUUCUGUUGUUGGCACCAUCCACAAAUAUACACGAUUUAAUAGUAUUUUGGCGGCACUCUACUGUAAGUAAACUCGUAAAUAAUAUAGAGUUGGACUAG